AUGGCUAAAAUCUCGCGUGGUGCCCCAGGCGGUAAACUCAAGAUGACACUCGGUCUUCCUGUAGGCGCAGUUAUGAAUUGCUGCGACAACAGUGGAGCACGAAAUCUUUACAUCAUCUCAGUUAAAGGCAUUGGAGCAAGGUUAAAUCGACUUCCAGCUGGUGGUGUUGGAGACAUGGUGAUGGCCACAGUCAAAAAAGGAAAGCCCGAGUUACGGAAGAAGGUCAUGCCAGCUGUUAUAGUUCGCCAAAGCAAACCAUGGAGACGUACCGAUGGAGUCUUCUUGUACUUUGAGGAUAACGCCGGUGUGAUCGUUAAUCCAAAAGGAGAAAUGAAAGGAUCUGCUAUUACAGGACCGGUAGGAAAGGAAGCAGCUGAACUCUGGCCGCGUAUUGCCAGUAAUUCUGGUGUUGUGAUGUGA